AUGGCGCUCACGGGAGAAGCGAGCAAGCACCGCUGGUGGAAGGAGUCGGUGGUGUAUCAGAUCUACCCGGCUUCGUUUCUGAGCUCGGGGGCAGGCUCGCAGCCGGGAUGGGGAGAUGUGCGAGGCAUCACCUCCAAGCUGGACUAUCUGAAGCACUUGGGAGUGAACGUUGUUUGGACCUCCCCAAUCUACAAAUCGCCACAAGCCGACAUGGGCUAUGACAUCGCCGAUUACUACGACAUCGACCCGAAGUACGGCUCCCUCUCGGACGUCGAUGAGCUGAUCAAGGAGCUCAAGAAACGCGAUAUGAAGUUGAUGAUGGACCUUGUUGUCAACCACACAUCCGAUCAGCACGCUUGGUUCCUGGAUUCGAGGUCCUCCAAGGACAGUGAGCACAGAGACUGGUAUAUCUGGAAGCCCGCCAAGUACGACAAGGACGGCAACCGACAGCCACCGAACAACUGGUUACAGCUGCUUGGAGAUGCAAACUCGGCCUGGACGUGGGAUGAGAAGACGCAAGAGUACUAUCUGUCCCUCUUCACACCAGAGCAACCAGACCUCAACUGGGAGAGUCCUAAGGUCCGAGCUGCUGUUCACGAUGUCCUACGCUUCUGGCUCGAUCGAGGGGCAAGCGGCUUUCGAAUGGACGUUAUCAACCUCAUCUCCAAAGUACAAUCAUUCCCAGAUGCCGAGGUCACGGAUCCCACCAGCAAGUACCAGUCGGGCCACAAAUACUUCGCCAAUGGGCCACGGUUGCACGAGUUCCUGAAAGAGAUCAACAAGGAGGUUCUGUCCAAGUACGACACGAUCACAGUUGGAGAGAUGCCUUUCGUCGAAGACGAAGAUGAGAUCAUCCGUGUGGUCGGAGAGAACGAGCACGAACUCAACAUGAUCUUCAUCUUCGCAUUGGUCGAUAUCGACGGCAUACCAGGUGCCUCUCGCCUUACCCUCUACGACUGGAAUGCUGCCGAUCUCAGGAAAAUCGUUGCCAAGUGGCAGAACGUCAUGAGAGAGCGAGGUGGAUGGAACAGUCUCUUUGUUGAGAAUCAUGACCAACCAAGAUCGGUCUCGAGAUACGCCGACGACUCUGACGAGUACCGUGAGCUUGGUGCAAAACUGCUUGCCAUAAUGCAAACGACUUUGAGCGGAACCCUCUACGUGUAUCAAGGCGAGGAGCUGGGCAUGGUGAACGUGCCUCUUUCUUGGGAUCCAGCAGAGUACAAGGACAUCGAAUCGAUCAACUACUGGAAGAAGAUGAAUGAACGUUGCAAGGGAGACGGAAAGAAGCUGGAGCAUGCGAAGCUCACCUUGAACAAGAAGGCUCGAGACAAUGCACGAACACCAGUGCAAUGGAACGCCGGUCCCAACGCUGGCUUCUGUAAGGAAGGCAUCGAGCCUUGGAUGCGUGUGAACGACGACUACAAGACCGUCAACGCCGAAGCACAGCGUGAAGCGAAAGAUGCCGAUCAGCUUACAGUGCUGCAAUUCUGGAAGAGAGGUCUGGAGAACCGCAAGAAGCACAAGGACGUCUUCGUCUACGGAGACUUCAAGAGUCUGGACGACAAGAGCGACAAGGUCUUCGCAUACAAGAGGUCCAGCAAGGAUGAGGCCUUUGUCGUUGUGCUCAACUUCUCGGGCAAGCAGGUUGAUUGGAGCAUUCCAAAAGACGCCGGCUUGGAGAAAUGGGUUGCUGGGAACUACGCUGCUUCUGCUCCGGACAAGGCCGUCGAUGGAUCGAUUCAACUCCGCCCAUGGGAGGGCAUUCUGGGGGCGGCGAAGCCAUGA